AGGCACUCUGCUUAGAGGCUGUGUGCGCUGGGGUGGGGGCAGCUCUGUCGCUGAGUCAUGCGAUAGGAAGGGGGGCCUUUUCAUUCUCACACACAUCCUCUCUCUCCUGAUGUCACAAAUCUAUUCUUCAGUGGGAGAAUUGAUUAGCAUUCAUCGGGAGCCUUUGCAGGGGAGAAAGAAAGGGAGGUUGGGAAAGCAAGACAGUGGAGGCAAAGGGGAAAACCGGUGACCGCGGAGCUGGCUCUUUCCCGUCCAGGCUGCAUUGAAACUUUAAGCACAAUCGAGGGGAAGAAUGGGUAUUUUAUAACUGGGAUCCUCGGUGACGUAUGGCUGACUGUUCCCUGGCAGAGAUCUUUAUGGACCUGUAGCAGAGUGAAAUUGAAGGCAUCUGGGAAGGGACCUUAAUCUACUGUAGAGGAGAACAGAGCCCCUCAAUCACUGGCGCUGUAAAUAAGAGACGGAGGGGAGUCAGAAAGGGAAUAGUGGAGGGGGGGCACGCCUUGUUUGGGGGGGAGUGGGGUAAAAAGCAUUUUUGGUGGAUGGUAUGAAGCCAGCCAUGGAAACUGCAGCGGAGGAAAAUACAGAACAAAGCCAAGAGAAAAAAGGUUGCUUUGAAUGCUGCAUCAAAUGUCUGGGAGGAGUGCCCUAUGCUUCCCUCGUGGCCACCAUUCUCUGCUUCUCUGGAGUGGCUUUGUUUUGUGGCUGUGGACACGUUGCCCUCGCUGGGACCAUAUCCAUUCUGGAGCAGCACUUCUCCACAAAUGCCAGUGACCAUGCCAUACUGAGUGAGGUGAUACAGCUGAUGCAGUAUGUCAUCUAUGGAAUCGCAUCCUUUUUUUUCUUGUAUGGGAUCAUUCUGUUGGCAGAAGGCUUUUACACCACUAGUGCAGUGAAAGAGUUGCAUGGGGAGUUUAAAACAACAGCCUGUGGCCGGUGCAUCAGUGGAAUGUUUGUUUUCCUCACCUACGUGCUUGGAUUGGCCUGGCUUGGGGUCUUUGGCUUCUCGGCUGUGCCUGUCUUUAUGUUCUAUAACAUAUGGUCAACUUGCGAAGUCAUCAAAUCCCCUCAGACAAAUUCAACAGCAUCAGGGAGCCAGAUCUGUGUGGAUAUCAGGCAAUAUGGUAUCAUCCCUUGGAAUGCCUUGCCAGGCAGGGCAUGUGGCUCAACCCUAGAGAGCAUCUGCAACACCAAUGAGUUCUAUAUGUCCUAUCACUUGUUCAUCGUAGCCUGUGCUGGAGCUGGUGCCACUGUGAUUGCACUGAUCCACUUCCUCAUGAUACUGUCUUCUAACUGGGCUUACUUAAAGGAUGCAAGCAAAAUGCAGGCCUACCAGGAUAUCAAAGCAAAAGAAGAACAGGAACUUCAGGAUAUCCAGUCUCGGUCAAAAGAACAGCUCAAUUCUUACACAUAAAUGUUUGCCAGAGUAUCUCAGCAGAAGAAUUUAUAGCUCUGACAAAUCAUCAAACGGCUGCUCUGCAGUACAGAUGUAUAUCCACCAAACAAACUAAUAUAGAAGUACAAAAACUUCACUGUCAAGCUCCUGGGACUUGUUUCUAGGAAAACUUUCCACUGGGUAAAUCUUUCUUCCUUUAGAACAGAUAUUGGAGGUUUCAUGUCAGCCAUUUUAAAAGGCAACACUUUUGACACAAUGAUUGUUUACCCUUUUGAGAUUAAUGGCAUUCCCACAUUUCACUUUGCCUCUGUUGGUGUGGUCACUGUAACAAUGGGAAUCAGUCAUGCUCUUUUGUAGGAGCUCUCAACUUUCCGGCAUUAGGAAGUUUACCUAUAUACAUGGAAAUAAAUGCCAAUAGUUACCUACCUACCAAGUUCCAUUUCUGAUAGCUGACAUUUGUUAAAUUUUGGCUCUUGUAAAUUUUUCAUAAGGUGACUAAAUUUAUUCUCUCCUAGUGAGCUGGCUUUCUGAUUUGUCCACAUACAGGACACAUUAAUUCCCUGAGCCAGUCAGAAGGCAGCUAUUCAGACAUGCCUCGAUGAGCCACUGUAAUUCUGCCAUACUUACUGCCGGAACAACCUAGAUUCUCAUUCAUGGGGAAGCCCUGUAGAAUUUGUUUUAUACAUCAUUCAGUUUUAAUAAAACAGUGUGACCCAGUAAUGGUUUUUUUCUUCCUAAAUGCCAGCUUUGCCUUAAUGUAAAUUUCUUCUAAAUUUCUAAGAAUUUAUAUAAGAGGGAGAUGCCCAUGACUUCUUCAUGGUACCUUAUUUCAAAAAUUUCCUUUCUUAAUUAAGAAGUGUUACCUUAUUAAAAUGACCACCAUCAAAAACCAUUCAUAGAUGGUCUAGAUAGUGAGUUUGAAGUUUCAUACCAGCUAUCUAAAAUAAAAUUACAAGUAGACCACAGACCUCCUGCUUUUCUAGAACUUGAAACCUAAAUUAGAAUUUAUAUUUAUUUUGCUUUCCUUAAACAAAUCUUAGUUAUGACUCCACAAUAAUGAAGUUGGAUGUUCAGCAAGAAAGCUGCUAGAGUUUAAGCCAUUUAACAGAAACUUGCCUUCAAAAUCAUUGUGUUUCAGAAGCAUUAAGUGAUUAUUGGAUAUUAGUGAUGGUAAAUUUUGUGUUGUUCUUUAUGAAAUGAUAAAUAUAGCUGUUGGGUAUAUCAGUGCUUUUUAAGAGAAGCUACAUAAUAUAAAGUUAACUCCUGUAUAUUCAUGUUUAAAGUUAACUUGUGGUUUGACUGUUUCCUGGAUAUUAAAACACAUACCUAUGUGAAAAUGUAUAAAAAUGAAAGGAAGCAUACAUUUACUUAGAAGCUAUUAAAACUGAUCUUUUAUCAGGUACUACAUUUCAUUUGGAUCAUUAAAUUUAAUUAAAUGCUUACAAUGCUUAAUUUAACCCUUUUUACAUUGGGGGAAGCUCUCUUCUAUGUAGAGCAAGUGACAGAAUAACUUAAGUGUUUGUUUUCCUGUUGCAUGAAGGAGACUUAAAUAUUUUUCACAGCAGUGCAGGUGCUGUCAUAUAGUCCAGUGUUCUCAUAGAAGAGUAAUGGAAGCAAUGUCUUAAAGCCUAAUUCUUUUUCUAAGUCUAGGUAGCUAUUACCAGGAGUUUUUGAAAGUUUUGUUUUAAGUAGUCUAAUAUUUUUUAUGUAAAGAUCAUUAAAUUUUGCUAUGUAUAAAUUUUUGUAACCUAACAGUGAAUCAAUAUUUUCUAUCAGUGCCAAGGGCUUCCUGUAGUUAUAUUCAAGUGUUACAAUAAAUAUUUGUAGAUAAUAGAGCCAACAUGUGUAUGCUUAUUUUAAGAUUUUAUCUAGGCAAAAAUAGUUAUGGCUGUACUGAUAGUAAUAAAAUAAAAUUAUAGCUUCCUUCAUUUGGUGUUUUAGCAUACAUAAACAUUUUUUGACUGUCUUUGGAAUGGCUAUCUUAAAGUAAUAUCAUAACUUAUUGUAUUGAAAUUUCAUACUAAUUAGUUAACAAAAUGUUUGUUGGAGGGUUGCAUGUUUUGGUAAAAAUAAUAUUUAAAGUAAGAAUAAUUGAAAAGAGCUCUGUAACUCACUGGAUUGUUUUGCAAAAGCUGCAUUUGCUAUAUAUCUCAUAGUUCCAUGGAACUAUAAAUUUUUCAAAUGACAUUUCAGUGGAAAUUACUUAUGUUAUCAACAGUGUUAGAGGACAUAUGCUUAGAGACUAACGGGGCCUAGACUUUUAUUACAAGACUUGCUACUGACUUGGUGAAAGGACCUCAGGAAGGAACAGUUUGUCUUUUGAAACUGUCUUAAGGUGCUUCAAAGUUAUGUAUAUUUAUAAUAUACUAUUGUUAUAAUGCAUUUAAUACAUUCCUCUAUUAUAUAACACAUUUAACUUUUACAAAUCCUAGGAACAUCAAGUCCGUAAACAGAGUGAAAAGAAAUGUUAUGAGUGGGUUCUUUUGUUUGUUUUUUAAUCAUGGGCUAAUAUGUAACAGGAAUGAACAGUAAGUUAAUUCAGUGAGGUUUUAUUUAUACUUUUAACCACGAUUAUGAUUACCUGACAGUAAGUGUAUAUUUGAAGACUUUUAGUAUAGUCCCAAGUCAGUAUUUUACAUAAUGAUACUUGUAACCCAGGCUUAAGGGUCAAACUGACAUAUUCUUAUUUGUACAUCUAUUGUGAAGCAUGAUCAAUUAAUACAUUAAUUGUUCUUCCCCUUGCAACCCUAACUCUGAAUCUUCUCAUCAGCUCUGACACAAAAGGUCCUAUAGUGUAUAUAUUAUAAGCACCCUAAUUAUAUUUUAUACCUUCCUAAGUCCUCUCAUAAAAUUAAAUCUCUUGAAAUUGAAUAUAAUUUAUUUUAAAAUUUUAACCAUUUAUACCUUGGGAAACUUGAAUUAAUAGCAACUAGUAGCAAGCAAAGAACUAUUCCUUCAAAACUGUGAAUGGUAUAAAUGAGUAGAUCUGAAAUUGAAAAUAAGACCUCAAACUAUUUCAGCCGUUCUGUAGACAUUCUGACAAAUACUGCCACUCAUCUAGACACAGAUAACUGCUUCUGAAAGCCUUUUAAUAGAGCAUGCUGUUUCACAUGUUUUAAUUUUUCAAUACAUGCAUCAAUAUUUUUCUAAUUACUGCAGUUUUCUACAUAUCCGAAGUAGAUGGAUGAUUCAUUCUUUAUGAAAUUUCGCAUAUUAUAAAUUUAUGCUAGGGUGUUUUUUUAAUGACCAUUUUAAAAAAUCUGACUGAUUUCCCUUUACGAGAAGAAAGGCAGUGUGGCAUAGUAGAUAGCCAGGAGUCAAAAUGACCUGGCUGUCCAUUGCCACAUACUAUAGGUGACUCUGAGCAAAUCAUUUAACUUUUCUCAGAGAGGCAACUCUCUGAACUGCAGAGCAGUUGCUCAUCCGCACUGAUAGAGGGAAUUUCCUCACUGGAAGUUCCCUAGGCCAAUGAAAUCACAGAUCUGAACACCCAACAAACAAAAAACAACUUUCCCAUUAAGCUCUGAGCAAAAUAAAACACAGCAGUAUUAACUUUUCAGUAACUUUACUAUAUUGCAUACUUACAAUGGAAAACUGAUUUUUCUACAAUUUUGAUGUUCUCUGGAAGAAUUAACUUCUUUUCACCUAACAUUAUACACUAAACAUUAAAAACACAGUUUCAGGUUGUAUAAAUUGCCUGAAAAGGUUAUAUACCUUUUCUCUAAAAAGUUACAGGGAUAGGGGAAACAUACCUUUUUAGAAAGAAAACAAGGUAAUUUGUUUGCUAAGGUUACGGGUCUUGAAAGCUCAACUGAUUAACGAAAAGUUAAUGUUUCACUGAAUUAUUCACUGCAGACAGGAGAUGAUUUAACUUGUGUGCUUAAGUCUUGUAACAAAUAUUAGUCCUGCAUAUGAAGGGAAAGUUACUUUAAGAAAAAUGGAAACAUUAUUUUAACAGUGAGGCAAAAUGUUUCAAUAACUUUACCAAACUAUGCAUUAUUUUAAAGAGAAAUACUAAUUUAUACCAAUAGCACCUGUGUGUAAAUGCAACAAUCCCCAUUAAGAAAUGCAGAAAUAUGAAACCUCAUGUAGAUUUUCCAUGUAAAAUCUUUAUUAAAUAUCCCAACUUACAACAGUGAAAACCUGAGCCUAAACUUGAUACAUCACAGUGAUAGGAGUAUGGGCCUGGGGAGCGAACCUCUCACCAGAAGUCAUCUGGCUCUUCAGAAGCUGACAAACUAAAUCAGGAAAAGAAGUGAAAGUAAUUAGACAAAUGAUUUCUUAGAAAGCACCGACAAACUAAAUGGGCAGGUUUGGGGUUUUUUGAGGCAGAGACGUAUUUCUUUAAUGAUAGGACUUCUAUACUAUGGCACUUCCCUAACCUUCUUCACAAUUUAUCACGUAGACUUUGUUCACUCAAGCUUCAUCUAUAUGACAUCAAAAUUGAAAUUACAGAGCUCAAGCAUUAUCUAACAGCCAAGAGAAGCCUCCUACAUACCUUAAAUUUAGCAAAGCUAGUGUUAAUUUUGCUUGGAAUAUCAUACCUGUCAGCUUUAUCAUUAGACAGCAGGGUUUCUUCUAUUGAUGCUUCUUCCACAACCUCCUUUUUUGAGCUCUGAAAAGGAGAGAAAAAUAAAUGUAAAAUAUUUUAUAUAUUUGGUAUGUUAUAUAAAUUUUGUAAUUUAUAAUUAGAACAUACAAAAAGGUGAAAAUUAAAAAUAAAAAAUACCUGAUAAAUUAGCCUUUUUAGUAGCAUAGCACAAUUACCUAUAGUUUGUAUUCUCAAGUACUUAAAUGAGGAUCUACAAAGUACUAAGUUAUUACUACUGUAUUCAGUUACUUGUCUAAAGUGUAUUUAGUUUGCCCCCAAAUACAAGGGUUGUAUAGAGGCAGGCAGGGACUAUGUUUUUCCCUCUUUAAAAUAAAAAACACUAAUUUCUAUUAAAUUGUGUUGUCUGAUUGUCAUGACAUAUAACUGAAACAAAAGUGACAGUAGUUCCUAGAAAAAUUUUAACUAUGUGAAAUAAUCAUGCUUAGUUAAUCUCUAUUAUGAGAUAAUAAAAUGGUGCCUCUA